AUGAGAGCGCUUUCCGCAUGUGCGCAUCUGGACAGGGUGAAGGCGAUGCCCGGCUCUGCCUGGGUCGUCUCGUACACUUGGUUUGGAAACACGAACACACGAUGGGCAUCAUUCGCGCGCUGGACCGUGUCGGCCCGUCCGCUAUACGGUGCUCCUGUUGUUAUCCGCCAGAACCAAGGCCCAGGAUACCGCCGAUCCAAACCCCAAAAAGCUGCGGCUUGGUAUGAAAACAUUGCAUCACUCUUCGAUGAAUACUUCAUUGACGUCGAAUCGUUCAGAAUCUACGCUGGAACUUUGUCCGAGGUCAUUGAUCUACGAGAAGCAUGUAUCGGGUUACCAGAGCGCACCUACUCAGAAUCUUCGUACCAUUCACAGCGUCUCGCGCAAUUUCGUCCGUCAUUCGGCAUUUCAAGGGUUCGACAAACCAUUUCAUGUUGGUUAAUCUCACAUUCAAUUAUAAUUACAGAUUCUCGAAGCACCAGCCCGUACCUAGAAGCGGUGCGCCAAGCGAGGCCAGUCGAGAUUGCCGGUAAUGCACUGGUUCAUCUGGCAGCCACCUCGUAAUUUCUCGCGGUCACCGGUAAAGCAUAGGUGUGCGAGUGGGUGGUGACAUUGACAAGCUGCGCCACUAAUACGU